AUGGCAGAUUUAACUGAAGAGUCAGCUGAAGAAAUUGUUAUUAAAUGCGAAGUUAUUGAAAUAUCAGACGAUGACGAUUCACAGGAAAUAAAAAAAAAGCGACGGAGGCGUUUAACUUCAAAAGAGCCUAAACCAUGUGAUAUUUGUGGUAAAGUUUUCCAAACUGGUUAUGAGUUAAAGAAACACAAACGAACACACACUGGAGAGAGGCCUUACAUGUGUACGACGUGUGGCAAAACAUACACACAGCUUGGACAUUUGAGCAUACACAGCUUGUCGCAUAAAGGUAUAAAGAAUUAUAAUUGCAAGGCGUGCGGUUCAUCCUUCUACAGAAAAGCAGAUUUGGACAGGCAUGAGAAAAUACACACAGGAGAAAAGCCGUUCCAAUGCGAACUCUGCUCGAAAAGUUUUACCCAAAAAAAUAAUUUAGUUAUGCAUUUCAAAAUGCAUAUUGGCGAUAAACCACACAAGUGCGAAUCAUGCUACAAAAGGUUUCUCACGAGAUCGAAAAUGAUGCUGCAUUCAAAGAAACACGAGAAAGAGAAAAAGAAAAAGGAAUUGAUUAUGGAAUAG